UGUUUCACUCGUGCUUUUAAAGAUGUCACUUCAUGUGCGAGGGUUAUUGUUUUUUUCUAGGUGUGAUCGGUUGGUAAAUAAAAAACAAAGUGAACAUUUAAACAGCUUUAUUUAGAACAUUUAGGUACACAUACCAGCUACUUUUCAAUAUAUUCGCCGUUUCAGUUCAGACAUUUCUCGUAGUGUGGCACCAACUUUUCUAUACCCUUUCUCGUAGAAGGCAGCCACCUGAGCUUUCAACCAGUUCUGCAUGCCGUCAUCGAAUUUUAUCUGUGGUUAUUGUUCAGUGGCCAAUCAGACCGUGAAAAAAAUAGGCCUCGUAGAUUUCUCUCUACUGCAUUGUGCUCUAACUUUUUAUCCGUUAUCUGCACUGCCCAUGCACAAAACUCGAUAAUGCCUGUUGCCUACAAUACAAUGCCAUUCCUAAUCCAUUGUAAAAGCUCUUAACGAAUCUAUUUUUGCUCAGAUCACCCCUACAGUGUAAGCAGCCAAGGUAGCCCAAGAAAAGCAUUGACAGAAAAGAAGGAACAAGUAGCGGCCCUGUUCGAGACAUCAAGCCAGCUUCAAGCUGAACUGAAAGCUGUGCAAGAGGAGAACAGGAAGCUACAAGAUCGAGCAAGGCAACUUGAGAUUAACCUUGCAAAUUUCCAGCUGCAGAGCAUGGAAAAGCCCCUUCCGACUAAUCACAAAUCACUAGAACUUUUGCCAGAUGAAAGGAAACUGCGGUUUUAUACAGGAUUUGAGAAUUCGCAGCGAUUCCUGUUAUUUUACACAUUCGUUGACAGUGGCCUCGCCACAUUUAUUGAAAAUGGUGGUGAUGGUGCUCCAACUGUGCUACAUAGAAUGGACCAGGUGAUGUGUGUGCUGAUGCGGCUGCGGCUAGGUUUGCUUGAAGUGGAUCUGGCUCACCGAUUUAACAUCAGUGCUAGCAGUGUGAGCCGCAUUUUGAGUUUUUGGGUAGAGUUUUUGGCCGCAUACUUGGAACAGGUUCCGAAAUGGCCCAGCCGGGAUUUGAUUGAUCGUAAUAUGCCAGAAGCCUUCAGAAAGGAAUACCCUCGAACACGGGUAAUUUUAGAUUGCACUGAUCUUUUCAUUGAGAUGCCCAGUGACUAUGCAACACAAAGUGCUACGUACUCCCUGUAUAAGCACAACAACACUGCCAAGGGCCUGCUUGGCAUAUCACCGAACGGGAUGGUUACAUUUGUGGCCAACCUAGCACCUGGUAGGUUAUCGGACAAAGAGGUCACGCAACGAAGCGGCUUAUAUAAACUGCUUGAACCAGGAGACUCGGUCAUGGCAGACCGUGGUUUUCUGAUAGAGGAAGAGCUAGCUGAAGUGGGUGCCGAGUUAAACAUUCCACCUUUUCUGAAAGGCCGUUCACAGCUGACGUAUGAGGAAGUGAAGAAAACUAGGCAAAUAGCAGAGAUAAGAAUACAUGUUGAGCGUGUCAUUGGCCAGGUAAAAACAUUCCGGCUGCUAAAGCACACCUUUGCAAAUAAGAUGGCUCCAAGGCUAAAUGCUGUGUGGAAAACUUGCACAUUGCUUCUCAACUUUUUAAACGAGCCCUUGGUUGACCGUUAGUUUAAAACAAAGGUGUAUGCAAUGAAUUUGUUUAUCUGAAUGAUAUUUUGGGGAUGAAUCGAUAGUGUCAGUGUUAUUGAAUCAGAUAAAUAACCUGUUGUAUUGGCAAUAAAUAAAAAGCUCUGCUGCUUUAUUUCAGAACAAGGAUUCUUGUGCUGUAAUCUCUUACAAACAUUUCAGGAAAGAAAGCAUACAUGCAUAACAUAUGAAUUGAAAUUCUUAUAAAACUAUAAAACACUUAACAAAUCUGAGAUAUAAAGCAGUUUUUAGAAUUCCUUUGAGCAGAAGUCGCUACAAGCAAGUAAAAAAAAACAUUCUCAAAGUGUUACAUAGCACCACGUGAAGCAACAGCUUUUAUUUUGAUUCUGGUUUUCAACAAAAACAUUAACAAUUGCUCGUUACCACCUAACAAAGUGUUAGCAAACUAGUUCAGCCUACACUGCUUUUGUGGCCAUUUAAAGGUGCAGUAACUCAAAAUGCUGACGCAAUAUGAAGCAUCAAGACUGCAGAUGUUGUUACCCCUGGAGGAUGAAACAAAAUAUAAGAAGGGAAACAACAGAAAUAGCACUUUCUGAACAAAAUUUCAUUAUACAAAUUGCCAGGCAAGCAGGUAUGGGGUAAAGACUAGACCUACUGUGUGAAAUUCUCAUGCACAAAGGUUAUUGAAUUUAAAAAGUUGCAGUGAUAUGAUUGUUAAAGCAAUAUCUAUAGGGC